AACUUCAACAGUGGACCAAAGUCCGACCUGCCACCACUGCACUCUACUAUGGUCAAACCGUCAGGUAUGAGCUUGCUGAAACAAUGUGCAAAAUGCACGUAUCUUCUGCUCUGGCGCUGCUCGCCGAAGGAUGGGCAAUGGUUACGAAAGUCAGAUCAUGAAGCAGCCACACUGUGGCCCUUUAACAUCUUUGCGCCACUCUGCAAAAUAGCACACAUUCAAAAACAUGUUACGACUACAUAUAACUUCACUGGCGCCUCCGACUAUGCGCCUCCUGAGGUCGAACCAUUUGCGCGCGAUGACACCCUCCCCACUAUGUCCCUAGAUUCAGACGAGGAUGAUAUCGAGGCUGGCUGGGGUGCCCCAUACAUACCAGAAGACGCGUCUGAAUACCCAGAAAGUGGACUUCGUCCCCAAGAUCUCGGUGAGAAUGAGAUUGCCGUAGACCCCACUCUCACAGUGGGGAGAAUACCCACCAAACGUAAGGCCUCAGCAACAAGAGGACGAGGUGCUCGCGGUGCCUCGCGUCCCCGGAGCUCACUGUCUACGCCUAAGAAAUCAUCUCCACUCAGUGGCCGAGCAACCCCAAAGAAAGCAACAGGAAAUUCUCCUCGACCAGCCACUCCUGCGCCGUCUGCGCCUGUGAUGUCUCCGUUGACAAAGAGGUUCAUUGAAAGAACUAACUCUAUUCCAAAUGCUUGCUCUUUCCGAGGCUGUGAGUUCGUUGGUAAAGACGCGGAGGAACUCAACAUGCACAUGAAGAACCCUGACCAUCGCCAACUUCGCCAUCCGACUAAGGUCAUUGUACCAGACCGUUAUGCCUAAUCUCUCAGGCUUCGCUAUAAGCCAAGUCUUCCCCCAGCCUGUCGGCUUUAGUCUGCUGUGUUUGUUUUCACAUUUCUUUCAUUUCUAAGUGUGUUCUUUGGUUGAUUCUGUGCACUGUCAUCUGUAUUACUGUAUCGUGUGUACCAUUUAAUGAUCUGUUAUACCAUUGCAAUUCUCAUCA